AUGGCUGAGAAUGUACCGCCAACUGGCACGGCAGCGAAGCCUGCCGCCAGUGGCGACAGACCUGGCCUUCCGUACUACGAGAAAUUGAGACGUGAUUUACGCGACACCUUACAGAAGAAACGUCUUCUAGAUCGCAAUAUGACUGCCGUGGAAGACCAAAUCUACCGUCAAGAGACUGCCUACCUCGAAGAAACAUCGAUCGCAGGAAACAUUGUGAAGGGGUUCGACAACUACAUUAAAGCAUCUGCUGUGGCGGGGGCGGCGACAUCUGCAGGAGGCACAAUAUCCGGGAGCGCAGCUGGAGGUGGACUAGGUGCUGGUCGAAGAAAGGCUGUGGUGAACGAUUCAGACCGUGUCUUCUCCCGCAGCUCAGUCUCCUACAUGCGCGAUUCAGACUCCCCCAGUAGUUCUACAAGCACACCGAAUCAUGCUGGUACUCCAACAGGGAGUUUUACGAACGAGAAAGGCGGCGACAAGAAGAAGAAAAAGAACACGGCCACAAAUGAUGAUGACGCCGACGGUCGGGCAACCAAGCGGCAGAAGAUCGGAUUUGGGGGUUCCAGAAAGGCUCAGGAUGACUGA